UGGUUUAUUUGUUACACCUGAAAAUAAUACGAUUGCAUAUGGACGUAAUGUAUCAAUUGUUUGCAGUCAACAAAAUCGACCAGCAAGCAGUUCGCUACUAUCAUCAUUCCGUCAAUGCAUUUAUGAUCCGCAAGAAAAUGGUCGAGAUUAUUGGUUAUCAGGACCAGAAAUUGAUUGUCCUUUGGUAGAUUGCGGUCCACCACCAUCACUCGCUGGUGCUAUUUAUGAAGGAGACGAUUAUUCUUACAAAGUAGGGUCGGCAUUUACAUUCAGUUGUAGACCACCGUAUAGUUUGAUCGGUAAAUCCAGUUAUGAUGAUCGAACUAUUCGAUGUAAUGUUGAUGGUAAUUGGGAUCUUGGAGAUUUGAGAUGUGAAGGACCUGUUUGCAUUGAUCCCGGAUUUCCGGAUGAUGGUCAAGUGCAAUUGGAUUCAGUGGAGGAAGGCGCACAAGCAAAAUUUAGUUGUAAUCGAGCUGGCUAUAAGCCAUUUCCAUCUGAUACAAUUAAUUGCACACUUGGAACAGCUUGUGUCUUAGCAGAAGAUGUUGGAAUUUCAUCCGGUUUCAUUCCGGAUGGUGCAUUUGCUGAUAAUUCUGAUUCGACCACUUGGGGUUAUGAACCUCAUAAGGCUCGAUUAUCAUCUACCGGUUGGUGUGGUUCUAAAGAUGCAUUUAUCUUUCUUUCCGUUGAUUUACAACGUAUCUACACGUUGACAACAUUACGUAUGGCUGGUGUUGCUGGUAGUGGUCAUUUACGUGGUCAUAUUACUAAAAUGCAAUUAUUCUAUAAAGUUCAAUAUAGCCAAAAUUAUGAUACAUAUCCAAUUGAAUUUGAAACACCAUCUGGAAAUCAUAAUUUAAUGCAUCAAUUUGAAUUAAAUCCACCAUUACGAGCACGUUAUAUCCUUCUUGGCGUUACGGAAUACGAACAGAAUCCUUGCAUCCGUUUUGACGUACAAGGAUGUUUAGCACCACUUUCAGUUGCUCAUGAA